ACAUGCAAGCUCUGACCAGCCCUUAAACCCCUUCAACCUCUGUUCCUCACACCAUUAACCACGGUUGAUUAGCUUGUCCAUCUCACAUGGGGACCCUAAUUAGUAGUUAGGUUUUUCCUUGUUUCAUAGUGUUUGCAAUAAACGUUGGGAGUCAUUUGUGGUGGUGGGUACAGAAUUACAGAUAUGUAACUCCAUUUCCCUGCAAUUGAGAACUCCACUCAACUUGCAGCUGAGUAGUGGAACAAUCUAGCAUGCAGUGAAGUGAGAGUCUGAGAGUGAUGAGUGAUCCAUCAUGAUAGUAUCACGAGAUCACGUUCCACUUCUCAGAAAGCUCCUGCGACCUCAUUCUGCUUCCUCUGCAUUCGCAGCUGCUGCUGAUGCAAAUGCUUAAUGGAGGAGCAGUCGCAGUGGUACGGCUACUAGCAGCGGCUGCAGCCUUGUUCUUGUAGUAGUGAGUCUUCUGCAGAUGGGCAAGGCAGGCAGGUGGCUCAGAAGCUUCUUCGUGGCCGGCAGGAAGGGCAAGAAGGCCAGGGACAGGGACAGGGCCGACCCCGACAGCCAGUCGGUGUCGUCGGCAUUGCCGACACCGGCGUCGACGCCGUCCGCGAAGGAGAAGAGGCGGUGGAGCUUCCGGCGGCCGGCGGCGGCUACCAGCGGUAAGGUCGAAACGAGCGCGUCCGGCCAGGGCCCGCUCGCGUCCUCGUCUUCGCAGUGCUUCUCGGAGGCGGAGGUGCAUGUGGCGGUGGUGCAGGACCAGCACGGCGUCGUUGCCGUCCCCGAGGCCGUGGCGGCCACCGCGGACACAGUUAUAUCGCCGCCGGCAUCGAAGAGGAGCGGCGGCGGUGACGAUGAGGAAUCCGCGGCGGCGAUCAAGAUUCAGUCGGCCUUCCGAUCGUACCUGGCGAGGAAGGCGCUGUGCGCGCUGAGGGGGAUGGUGAAGCUGCAGGCGAUGGUGAGGGGCCAGCUGGUGCGGCUGCAGGCGAACAUGACGCUCCGGCGCAUGCAGGCGCUCGUCGACGCCCAGAGGUGGGCGCGGGCCGAGAGGCUGCGGCUCCUCGAGGACGACGGCAGGCAGCUCACCACCACCACGCCGCGUCCACCGCCGAGCCGCCAGUCGCCGCAGCACUCGCGAUCUCGGAAGCCACUUGAGGUGGUGGAGAGGGGCUCUGAGGAGAACAUCAAGAUCGUGGAGGUGGACGACGGCGGCGAGGCGCACGGCGCGCCGAGGGCCUGCGCGCGGCGCGGCGGCAGCUGCUACUCGACGCCGCUGAGCCGCACGCCGGCGAAGGCCGAGCUUUACCCGAAGGUCUCCCCGACGGCGUCGGCGCUGACAGACACGAGCGCGCGGACGCUCAGCGGCCGGUUCGACGACCUGUCGUUCACCUCCGCGUCGGAGCCGAGCCGGCGCUGCAAGGCGUGGCGCGCGUACCACGCGCCGCCGUUCGCGGUCCCGUUCCCUAACUACAUGGCGAACACGGAGUCGUCGCGCGCCAAGGCGCGGUCGCAGAGCGCGCCUAGGCAGCGCCCGGUGGCGUCUGAGGCGGCGGCCUCGCCGUCCCUGUUGUGCGGCGAGCGGCCGCCGAGCGGGAGCGGCGACCCACGGUGCAGGGCGUCGCUGGACCCGCUGGACCUGCCGGGCGCCCGCGCCACCGCGCCGCGGUGCUCCGCGGGGCGCAUGGAGCGAUGCGCGUCGCGGGCGCGCGCGAGCGCGAGCGAGUUCGGGUCGCCGAGCACCGUGAUGGCCUCGACCACCGCGGCAAUGCGCAUGGCAUGA